UGAAAUUUGGCACAAAUAGCAAAUCUAAGAACGAUAAAGCGGAAACAUCGAAAGUUCUCAUCGAAUGCAAAGCAUGAUCGGGUGGGUUCUUAGCUCCCUCGCUAAGUCUCUACACGGAUCAUGAAGUUGAACGAUAAUUAGCGUCGGAGAAGAUUCGGAUCAUGGAGGACAAGGGCAAAGGAACGGACAGAUGGAGCGGUGCCGUAGCCAAUCUCACAGAGAUGGCCUCCAACCUAGAGUCACUCCAGAAGCUUUUACUGAAGAAAGCCGUCUAUGUAGACGACGAGACGUUUGCCAGAGCUUCAUUGUGCUCCCAACAAGCAAGGACGAUUAAGGUUCUUGAACAAAGGGUUGAGACUUUGGAAAGGGAACUUGAUGCUGCUAUCACUGCUGCUGCCCAUGCUCGAUCAGAAAAACGUCAGGCUGAGGCAGCACAAAGAGCUGCUGAACUACAUGUGCAGGAGGUCACCAGAGAGCUCGAGAACACUACAAAGGUAUUUCAACUGCAUAUGGAUGAAUUACGCACGAAGCAAGAAGAAAUCGACAAACGUGACAAGGAUAUUAAGCUCUUGGAAGCAAUAAUUCAAACUCUUGGUGGGAAAGAAUAACGUCUGCAAAUAUGUGAGGAUUUACUUUUGUUAAUUAGGAUGUUAUUUUUCGUUUCUUUUUUUUUCCCCCUUAUUGUGUGGGUGAAGUAUUAGUGUAAAAUAUUUAUGGAUAGUCUGAUUGAGUCUAAUUAAGAACAUGAUGUGUAAUAUAUUAUUUUGAACUUAGUUUUCAGAAUAUGGAUAAAUCAAAUUCAAAUCACAUUUGUGGAUAACAAUGUACAAGUUAUUUGCUCCCAUUGUCAACUACUCUGAGAAAGUGAGAAUAAAAGAAAUUCAGAAUGGUACAAA